GUUAAAUAAUAUUUUGUUCUUGACAACUUUAAAGGAAAUAUAACAUCGAUGAAUCUAUAGUUGUAACAUGUCCAGUUUCGAUCCACCAUUUAAAUACUUGGUAAAAAUGUUUGAAACUGGCGACGUACAAAAAUUACCAAACGACUCGUCUGUGGCGGAUAUAUCACUGCAUGAGCGGAUCUUCAAACAGUUGAAUGAACUCUACAAUCAUCCCAAAAAUGGAUUAAUUGCAAUUGGGGAGAAAGUGGGGUUAGAAAUUUUACCACCCAAGAAGAAAGUAACAGUUUUGUUAAUUGGAAACCAUUCCGCUGGAAAGUCAAGUUUCAUUAACUGGUAUAUUGAGGAUAAUGUGCAAAGAACAGGAAUGGCAAUCGAAACACAGUCUUUUACUCUGAUCACAAGUGGACGUAAAAGAGAAACACUAAUGGGACCCGCAACUAUUUUCCUCUUCCCAGACCUAAAACCACUUGAGCAUAUAGAAGGUACAUUGGACUAUUUGAUGACCGAGAUUUCAACAUCGAAGAAGCGCCAGUUCCCCAUGGUAACAUUCAUAGAUUCACCUGGUAUGGUGGAUGGUGGAAUGGAGUAUCCAUACGAUGUGAAUGAUACCAUUUUAUUUCUAGGAGGAGUGGCAGACUUGAUUUUUGUAUUCUUUGACCCUAUUGGUCUAGCCUUGUGCAAGCGGACAAUGAUAGUUGUUGAGAAGAUAAACUCAUUGUAUCCAGAAAAACUGCACAUGUACCUAUCAAAAUCUGAUGAAAUCAGAAAACAAACUGACAAGCAAAAGAUUAUGAUGCAAAUCACCCAAGAAGUUUGUAGACAUUCAGGAUUGAAUCGCUCUGGAUUCUCAAUGCCUGGUAUAUACAUCCCAACGCUGGCUCAUAAACAAGAACUGCAAAAACAGCAUUCUAACAUGUCCAUUAGUUCAGAGGAUACUGGAACGUGUCAGAUGAGUGAGUGCCAUAAUGAAAUAGAAGAGGUUUGUAAGCAAAUAGAUCAAACAAUCAGCCGCAUGUUACAAACAGCUCUCAACAGUUUUGAAAAAGACAUCAACACUCUUCUCCAUUUGAUCAAUGGUCGCCUAACAUCCAACCAUGAAGCAAAGCAGCAGAAUAAAGUGUACUUCCUGUUUUCCAUGAUAGCCGUUUUUAUCUUCAUGGGCCUACUUUUCACCACAAGUGUAAAAUACUUAACAGAAAUAUACAGCCCUGAACACCUUUCCAGGAUAUUCCAUCUCCACCAAGACUAUUUUGAAUACUUAUCAAUCUUUGGAAACUUUCUUCCACCAUCACUUUUGACUGCGUAUGGAGGGACAUUUCAUCAAGUGUUGAUAGUUUUGUCUUUCUUUGUUGUUUUAUUUAUCUACUGUAAAACCUGCUUCAAAAUGACUCUUCCUCGACGAGAAGUCAAGGAGUUGGAACGUCUCAGAGUUUUUGUAUCAUCUUACUUAAAGAAGAAAAAGGUGGAGUUGACUCAAGAAUACCUGAGGGACAGUUGUGAUUUAUAGAAGAAGAAUUCAAAAGAAUGACUGUCACUUAUAAAGUAAAUUAUUGUAUUGAGAAUAUUUUUAUGGAUAUAAUUCCAUUAUUCUGAGUAU